CCAUAGCAUCCCUUACCCAGUCGGACAACCGAAAGGAGAAAUCGCAUCCUGGUGGCCUGCUAUUUACGAAAUUUGGAAGUAACCAAACCGUAUUGCUUGACCUUGCCUUCCUAGAUAAUUUUGGUAGGCUGCAUGAUAGAAGCAAUGAAACCCCCAAGACAAUGAAGCAGCUCACCCGCCUGUUCCCCAACAAAGUUACCAUACAGAUUCCUCCGGAUGAAACCUUAUUAUCAGACUGGAAGCAACAGUUAGAUCGGGAUAUGGAAACUAUGAAAUCUCAGUCAAACAUAGCAAGCAUUCGCAAUGUUUUGAAUCGAAUCAGAAUUGAUUGCCCUGACCUGGAAACUUUAUGCAUAAAAGAUCAAGCCCUCACAAACUAAAGCAUUGAAAAGAUAAUCGCCUGGGCUUUGAGUCAUCACUUUAUGCAUGAAUCUGAGUCUUCCGUGA